AUGGAUCCUCAGACUCAAAAUGAUAUCGCCAAGCUCAGCGAUGCCGACAGAAAAGAACUGACACAAUUUCUCGAAAACGAGGCUCAGCGAUCCAAUAUUCAGCAGAGCCGUCUGGGUCAGGGAGAGGAGAGCUGCGCACAAAACUGUGUCGAACGAUGGAUGGACACGAACUUCGCCGUCCUCAAGCACCUGGAAACUCUUCGAGGGCAAUGA